UUUAUCAUUUACGCGAAUAUUUUAUAAGUUUUUAUGUUUUAUAAUUUUUUUAAAACAAAGUGGAAGGAUGACAAUUGCAUUUUCGCAAAAACGCGGUUCUGGUUUUAUGUAUGGCGUAUCCGACGAAAAAUAUAUACCUGUAAAAUAUAUAAAAAAGCAUGCCAUUCAUUCGUUGGUACCAACAUGUGUGAUACCGGAUUGUUUAAGAGGACAGGUAAAAGUUGAUUUAAAUGCGAUCAGUAUUGUAUUCCAUAGUACGCCUGAGAAACUGGUUGUAUUGGCUGCUUUAGCUGUGGAUAAACUUCCCUUGCCCGACGUUUACUCAUGGUCUUCGUUAGACGUUGCUAGAUGGAUAAAGAGACUAGGAUUUCCAGAAUACCGUGAAACAUUUCAAGUAAAUUGUGUAUGCGGCAGUAAUCUUAUGUUGGUGAACGCAAAAGCAUUAAUAGCAAUGAAUAUAAAAAACUUUGAUCACAUUAAGAAAAUAACGGCCGAAAUACGUUGUCUCUAUCAAAUGGAAAAGUUGAAGAAUUUUCCCGAAAAGGAAAGAACUUUUACACCUUAUGAGCACUUCAAGUUUUAUCGUCACAAAACUGGUAAUCGAUAUCAGAAUAUAAAACCAAGUAAGUUCUUUUGGGAUAAGGAAUUACUUGAUGAGCAACCACGCACCUUGACACAUUGGGAUAAACUUAAUGCUUGGAUGAAACGUGAACCACUGGUGAAACAGAAAAUAGUCAUACCAAAUUUACCACGUAGAAAUCUAUAUAAAUGUAAAGCUGUUAAAGAAGAAGAGGAAAGAAGUAGAGAGUUUGAUUCUUAUGAUUGUACCUGCUUUCCUCCUUGUCUUUGUAAUUGGCAAGAAGAAGAGAAAAAAGUAGCAGACCGAUUUACAUGCUUGAAAGAUGAAGUAUUAGUUGAACCUGAUGAAACCAUUGAUACAUUAUCGUGUCUGCAGCAUGUAUAUCCUGGACGUUAUACAUUCAGACCUAUAAGCUUUGCUGAUUCAAUAAAAGGUGGUAAUAGAAUACCAAAAACUUGUCCGUGCAAAACUACUGAUAAAAUACCAUACUAUAGUGUAAUAAAAGUAGGACUUUUUGGUCAAAAAGUCACUAAAGUUCCAUUGCACCCUGAUAAGAACAAGCUAUAUACCCAAGCUAUAAAAACUCACGAAGGCCAAAAUUAUCGAAAUGAAAAAUUGUAUUCUUCCUCUUCUACAUUUUAACUUAACAAUUCGGAAUCAACAAAUUUCGACAUCUAAAUUAAGGAGUAAUUUUGUUUAUAUAAUUAUUAUUUAUAAAAAUUUACUGUAAAAAAUUCUUAAAAACCAAAAUGUAUUUACCUACAAUCAUCAGGACAUAUGAUAUUUAGCAAACAAAAUCAAAUUAUAUAU